GUAAUAAUUAUUACUUAAUUGUGGUGACACAAAUGCUUUAAGAAAGGAGGUACGCUAGGUACCGCUGUUAUCGUAGGCUUUUACUUUGAAUUUUUACCGUUUCCCAUCCAGCAAUCGAGUUUAUUUAGGCUAGUUUCACGCUGCUCCGCAUUCUCUCCACCCUGCGUUGACCAGUAAACAUGGCUACAGCGGCUGAGAAACACAGAGGAGAGCUGCAGAAGGAAUUGCUUUGCGCCAUCUGCCUGGAUUAUUUCAACGAUCCAGUGAUCUUAAAAUGUGGUCACAAUUUCUGCCGUGUGUGCAUCCUUAUGCACUGGGAAGAAAACGGUGGCGAUGACAUUGGUUAUCAGUGCCCGGAGUGCCGGAUGGUAUUUGGUAAGAUGAGCUUUACCAAGAAUUACCUGGUGAAAAAUUUGGUCGACAAAUUGAGUGAAUUUGACUGUCUGAAAACAGUCAAGCCAGCUGCACCAUCAAAGGCCAUGAAAAUGGAUGGAAAAUGUGAGCGACAUAAUGAAGAACUGAAGUUGUAUUGCCACAGCGAUCGUAAACCCAUCUGCGUUGUGUGCAGAGAGUCGCGGGCACAUAGACACCAUGAAGUGGCGCCUUUACCAGAGGUCAUUGAAGACAUGAAGAGUGAGCUGAGGAUGAGACUGAUCAAGCUGAACUGGCAGAAGUCAAUGUGUUCCAGAGUGAAGGCCAUCGACGAGCAGGCCAAGAAUGACGCCAAGAUGAAGAAACAAGCCUUGAAGGAGAAGAUUGAGGAGGAUGUGGGGGCUAUGGUGCAGUUUCUCCUGGAUGAGAAGGAUGAUCUCCUGGAGAGUCUGGAGGCGGAGGAGGUGGCCACCAUUGCCCUGCUCGAUGAGAACCUCAAGCUGGUGGGGAGUGAGGAGGCGUCGGUGGACAAGGCCAUCACAGACAUCCAGACCCAGCUCAGUGAUUCCACUAACUUUGAGACCGUUAGCAAGUUGUAUUCAAGUCCAUUCCAAGGAAGCAGCUCUGUGCAGGCCACCAACUGCCCUCCGGACUGGAGCGAGUACACAGGACCGUUCCAGCUCAUCAUGUGGAAGAAGAUGAUGCAUGUCUUGCAUACAAUGCCUCAGAACCUGACGCUGGACCUGGACACGGCGCACCCCUGCCUGGCCAUCAGCGACUUCGACACCAAGGUGGAGGAGGGCCGCACGCGCUCACAGGAGGCCGACGUGCCGCAGCGCUUCACGCGCUUCUUCGGCGUGCUGGCGACAGCGCAGUACUCCAGUGGGCAGCACUACUGGGAGGUGGACGUGCGCGACAAGGGCGUCUGGUACCUGGGCGUCACCACCGAGUACAGCAACCGCAAGGGUUUCGUCAACCUGUCGCCCUCGGCCGGCUACUGGAGCCUGUGCCUGCAGGACCGCCUGUAUGCCAACGAGGAGGACGCCCGCAUCCCCGUGGCAGACUACUGGAACUCGCCGCGCGUGGGGGUCUUCCUGGACUAUGACCGCGGCCGCGUGUCCUUCUACGACGCCGUCACCAUGAAGCGCAUGUACACGUUCAGCGCGUACUUUGACGAGCCUGUGUCCCCGUUCUUCAGUCCGGGGAAAAACGACCCGGGCAGCCGCCUGCAGAUCUGCCACUACUACUGAAGGGGAGGGGUGGGGGUGAUGCGGGGGCGAGCACUGGUUAGUGUUAAAAACGCGCUAAACAGAACCGUAAAUAAAGACGGGGCAGAAAAACGCAACUCCUCCUAGAUGCUCCUAGUGUCUAUUUUGCCUUUUACGUAAGAGGAGCGAUGUGAUGAAAAGCUGCCCCGAGCCUGAAUUCUUAGGAUCUGCGCAUUGUCAAGGGCCGCGAUGCAGUUGCUUUCUAGAGCUUUGGAUUUCCAGAAUGCCACGAUUUCAAUGGUCUUGGGACCUAUGGCCACAAUCAGGUAGACGUGCUGCCAGAUUCUAACUUUUACAGUAAGUCAGUCUUUUGACUUCAGUGUUUCUAUUAUGGUUAGCUAUUCAUUUCAGAUCAGUGUGUGAUGGGGAAACCCAUACCAAAUGGCUACCCCCAAGAACGAUAUUUAGAUUUUGUAACUGUAAUCAUAUGCACAUGCCCUAUUGAAAUUCCACUGUAAAUAGCCUGUGGGCCACAUUAUUUGCCACAUUUUAAAUGUAAGCUUAUUUCAUUCCUUCCCAUUUCAUGUUAUUAAUUUGUAUAAUUUAAAAAAAAAAAAAAUGAAACUCUGGUUACAACUUUGUGAAUUACUUCAUAAAACAACAGUGUAUUUUCAUUUUUGCUUCCUUAUUUUUUGUUUGGCAUAGACUUUAUUCACAUCAUGAUAAACCUUUGUAAGAAGUGCAGGCACUAGAAUAAUCUUUAGUUUCUUAAUGAUUGAUGAUUUUAGGAUGCAAGCGUUUAUGUAGAGGUGCACCAAUACUAUUUAUAAGAAGCCAUUUCCAACUCUUUUUCCAAGGUGUGUGUGUACGCCUGUGUGUGUUUGUGCACGCGCACAUUGUGUGGUUGUGUGUCCAAAUUCUGAUGAUAUUUCAUUUUAUGACAUGUUUAUCAAACUUUUAUCAUGUUUAUCAACACUUUUGAUUUGGGUGUCAUGUCCUUAUUCUCUGUAGUAGCUAUUGUAAUAGCAACCAUAAUCAAAUGUAUUUCUAUGCUAGAUAUACUUUCCAGACCUCAGUUGUAGGUAUGACAGAUUAUCUAGCGAGGGCCUCAUAUAUUAAAAAGUACAGUGUACAGCCAAAACAUUUAUUAUGUAUCCAAGUAAUUUGUUGAUACUGAACUGUUGAUAUAUGUGUUAUUUGUUAAACAGAAAAUCCGAGAAUGUAUCGUUUUUGCUGAUGUUUUGGACGGCACUCUUGUCUGGUCAGCUCAAGGCUGUAUUAGCCACACAAGUGCAAAAUUGUAUCGUCAUCGGAAGGUAUCCAUGUUUGUUUUUCACAAAAUCAAAUUUAAUUGCCAGUACCAAGCAAGGAGAAGUCUAGCGAAGCAGUAGUGCCAUUGAGUUACAUUGGUGCACCUCUAGUUUCAGCUGUGUGUGUGUGUGUGUGUGUGUGUGUGCGUGUGCGUGUGCGUGUGCGCGUGCGCACACUUGAUGUCUGGGGCCACAGGCCUUUUACUCAGUGGUGUUAAUGACGGAAAUAAUGUUAAUGAACCAUAAUUGCAAUUUUAUGAUUUGAGAAAUAAAAUGUAACUGGAGAAAUAUGUGGCUACUGCACUGAAAUUGACAGGUAUGAGUAACAGAUAACUUUGGGCACUGUCAGAUAGCUGUGUGGGUUUGCUUCAGUACUGUACUGGCACACAGUUCUAGCUAAGGCAAUACAAAUGGUAUUGAAACUGUCUGGUCUUAAACUACUUGUGUGUUGACAAGUCUCUUUGAGCUGCAUUUCUGUUUGGAAAUAGUUUUUAUGCUUUUAAAUAGAUACCCGCCAAUCGUCACCACAGUAGUGGAAAUUCCAAACAGUUUUUGUACUUAACCUGAUGCAGAUGUGCAAGGCCAUAUUUGUGUGUUUCACAUGGCUGGCUGAUGUCCUAUGAGGCACAUUUGUUUCUUUUUGAUAUUAUAAACUAAAUAUUACGUUAA